GAGGCAGGCUGUUCUCGUUUCCUCUAGAUGCGGAUUGUACCUUGUUUUCUCCAUGGCAUCAUCACGGCACCGGUAGCAAGGGAUGCUGGGAGAUCAGAUGCGCGGCUUGGAGCAUCAUCUCUCUGAGAUGGCAGAAAUGCAUCGCGGCGUCCUGCAGUGGGAGGCUGAUUGAGCUCACACAGCACCACAAAGCCUCUUCCCAGCAGGAGAGGCUCCUAAAAUCCUCAUCACACAACGGCAAGGUCUCUGCUGUAGUAUCUGACAAUGUUUCGCAAAAAGAAGAAGAAGAGGCCAGAGAUUUCAGCGCCGAAGAACUUUGAGCAUCGCGUUCAUACGUCGUUCGAUGUGAAGCGAGGAGUCUUUGUCGGUCUUCCCACACAAUGGCAGAGUUUAAUAGAAAACCUCCGGAGACCCAAACCCAUGGUGGACCCGUCCCGGAUCACGCUGGUGGAGCUCAAACCAAAGAAGACCAUCGUGUGCGGCAGCAUGAUCGGCCACGGAGACUAUAUAUCAGCCAUGCUGUCAGACAUGAGCCGUCUGUCCGUCACCAGCUCCAACUCCCUGCGCAAGAGCAGCCCGUCGGCCCGCAAGAGAGCGCAGUCUCUCGGCCGCCUCGGUGAGGUCAGCGAGGCCGAUGUGUAUCAGUAUGAAGUCCUGGACGAGCCUGACCCUCACUGGGCCGAUAAAUCACGCAACAUCCACAGCGAGAGCGGCACGCCGUACAUGGGUCUGAAGAAGAGUGUGAUGCUACAGCCCAAUGGCGUUCUGCCCCGCACCAAAUCCACCUAUGAGGUCAGCAUGAGCUCUCCUCCUCCUCCUCCGCCGUCCAUCCCCGUCCCGGAGCCGCCUCUCAUGAUGAGACGAGAGUUCCCCAUCGUGUUCUCGCACAACCAGAGACCCAUCACCUGCUUCUACAGCCCCACCAUGCCACACGGAGACGGUCUGACGCCGGACAUGAGGAGCGCCAACAGACUGCUGGUCCAUCUGCAAAACAGCCCGGGGAGACCGUACUCCUCAUACGACCUGAAGGCCGACGCAGCCAUGAGACACCAGCCGGGAUAUCUGCACAGCGGCACCAGCAGUCCCCUCGUGAGCGGCACCAGGCCUCACAGAACGGUGCGUUCCUCCUCCAGCUACACCAUCGGCCUCUCGCCCAACAUCAGUUACCGGCCCACCGGGCCAGACCCCUACCUGAGACACUCCGUUCAGCAUGUUGAUGAGGGUGUGUUGGUGUGUGUUCAGGUGGUGAUUAUGAGAGAUUACCAGCACAGGAACGUGGUGGAGAUGUUCAAGAGCGCUCUGGUGGAGGAGGAGCUCUGGGUCAUCAUGGAGUAUCUGCAGGGAGGAGCUUUAACAAACAUCGUGUCUGAGACCAGGCUGAGCGAGGAGCAGAUCGCGACCGUGUGUGAGGCUGUGCUGCAGGCGCUGGCGUAUCUCCACUCGCAGGGGGUCAUACACCGAGACAUCAAGAGCGACUCCAUCCUGCUCUCGCUGGACGGCCGCGUGAGUCCAUCCUCUAGCCUGGCUGAACCUUAUCACACUAUUCAAACCUCAGACAAUUAUAUAUACACACUACCCUUCUAA